GAGCAUUCGGUGGAUACACAACGCACCAUCGCACAUACUACAACUCUUUAGAUUAUACCGUCGGCCGCCGACAAACGGGCCUAAGCGGGCGCCUCACAUAAUUCGGCAAAAAGUUAACAGAAACAACAAAAAAAAAAAGCGAAAACUAUAAAAAAUAGACUAUACCCAUACGGUUGUGAGUGUUUUGUGUGUGUUAUCCGGGACAAACAAAUAACUGAAUCCAUUUCGGAAAUAGCAGAACAAACAUCAGACAUUUUCAUCAGUUCUUUGAUUGGCUUUUUUGAGGCGCGUGUGCCGUGCGUUCCUUGAACUUUUGUUAGAUAUAUAAUAUAUAGAGCAUCUCUAAAGAUAUAUGUGAAUUGUAUCUGGAAGAUAAACAUCAAGUGGCUGACAGGACAGGGGAUAUUCUCUUGUUUCUACGCUGCAAGAAUUUUGUUUUCGAAUUAAACAACAUUCAUUUUUUGGCUGCUUCGCUUUGUUCGCAUCGUUCGUAAACAACAACAUUUCAACAUUUUCCGAGUUGGAAAACCGAAAUUUCACAUCACAACCAACGGCAGAGAAGAGUUUUCCCGUGAACAUUGAGACAAAGCCAAAGGAACAAAUGUGAUUUGUGAUAGAAAACCAAUGUGAAGACCGUUGGCAUUUCCCUACCCACAAGAAACAACAACAGCGUCACAACAACAACGUCACACACUCAGACGCCAUCCACAGAGUACAAAUUAAAGCCCAAGACACAAAUCUAAACUUUUGGAUUUGCCAUUUAAUUAAAUUUCAACAUGGAUUUCGAUCAGAUUCUGGCCAAAUGUGGCGAUUUCAAUCGCUAUCAAUUCAUGAUUCUUGCCCUUUUUGGCUUUAUCAAUAUCAUCGUAUCGAUGCAUUACUUUACCCAGACAGUCAUUAGUUUUGUGCCAGAUCAUUGGUGCUAUCACGAUAAGUUGGUGAAUAUGACCUACAAGGAGAUUGCUGGGAUCUAUGCGCAGUUUGAGGAGGAAGCCUCGUGCACACGCUUGGACGAUAUCAAUGGCCACAAUGUCACCGUCAGCAAGGAAAAGUGCGACAAAUGGAUCUAUAACUAUGAUUUUGGUUAUAGAUCAAUGAAUACAGAGUUAAAUUGGGUUUGUGAUUCCGCCUACAAGGCUCGCAUUGGACAGUCGCUGUUCUUCAUUGGCUCUGUCGUGGGAACUCUCUUCUAUGGCCUGCUCUCCGACAAAAUAGGUCGCGUGCCAGCGCUGAUUCUCUCAAAUUUCUGUGGCUUUGCUGGAGACUUUUCCACGAUUUUCACAAAGACUGUUGGGACCUUUACACUCUGCAGAUUCAUAUCCGGACUGGCAGCAGACACGAACUUCUAUCUCAUGUAUAUUAUAGUGCUCGAAUAUAUACGCCCCAGCAUGAGGACAUUGGGUCUCAAUAUGGCCGUGGGUCUGUUCUACUGCAUGGGUCUCGUCUUCACCCCAUGGCUGGCGGUGCUCGCGGGCCAUUGGCAGAUCUACCUCGCGUGCACCUCGCUGCCCAUACUGCUGGUGGUGCUGUACUAUUUUGUGGUGCAGGAGAGCGCCCAGUGGCUGGUGACGCGCAAUGACAUCGACGGCGCCAUCGUGCGGCUAAAGCGCGUGGCAAAGUUCAAUGGAUGUCGCGUGACCCAGGCGGAGUUCGAUGAGUUCCGACGCCACUGCCAGAUGACGCGCGAGAUGCAGGGCGGCGACGAGAAGAAGACUGCAACGCUAUUGGACAUGUUCCGCACACCGCGAAUGCGCAAGAAUACGCUUAUACUUUUCUUCAAGAGCAUGGUCAUCACUCUCUGCUAUGAUGCCGUCUCUCGUAACGUCGAGGGCAUGGGCAUCUCUCCGUUCAUCAUGUUCUCGCUAAGUGCCUUGGCCGUGCUGCCAUCCAGUAUACUCCUCGUCCUGCUGCAGGAUCGCAUUGGCCGCAAGGGCAUGGCCUCGGGCUCCCUGCUGGUGGGUGGCCUCUUCACCGCUGCCGCUGGCAUUGCCAUCGCCUAUCAGCAGCACAAUCACAAUGCCAUUCUCCUCGCCUGCCUCACGAUUGCCGCCAGGUUUGGUGUGGCCAUCUCCUACGAAUCGGGCUCCCAGUAUGCCACCGAGCUGAUUCCCACGUGUGUGCGGGGACAGGGUGUGGCAGCCGUGCAUGUGGCCGGGUUUGCGGCAUCCUUCUUGGCUCCCUACAUCCUCUGGCUGGGAACCUUCUUCAAGGCGGCGCCAUCGAUCAUUCUGGGAAUACUGUUCUUUGCGGGCUCUUUCGUGUGCCUCUUGCUGCCAGAGACAUUGAAUAGGAGCCUACCCACCACCAUUGAGGAGGGCGAGGUCUUUGGCAAGGGCGAGCGUAUGUUCGAUUUCCCGUGCCUCCAGCACAACCACGACGACGACGAGGAGUCCGACUCGGAGCUGGAGAAGUACAAGCGGAAGCAUUCGCUGAUCGAUGCCAAGCAAAUGGAAUCCUCAUCGAAUGGCAAGCGCAAGCAGUCCCUCAUCGAUGCCGAUCGCGAGGAGCAGGCCCUCAAGGAUGCCAAGCACUGAAAGAGCAGCAAAUCGAUUGUCGUUUCACUUAGUUUAUAGUCUAGCUAAACAAUUGUAUUUGCCUCUAAAUCCUACUCCAUAAUACCCCCACCCCCCAAACAAUUAUCACUUGAAUGCCUACACAAAUUCAGAUUGUGUGCUCAGCCUUUUCUAAUAAAUAUAUACAUAUAUAUAGAUUUAUUUAUAUAUAAGCAGU